AGAAGUUGCCUAAUAAUGACCGCAAAUGACAGUUCAUGCGUCAGUUUGGGUCAAUUCUCCAAGAAAGAACUGAAAAAUGGCUGGCCGCGCUGCUGCUCGCCGUGUUCCCGAAAGCGAUGCUACCAUCGCCUACGUGCAAUGUGAUGGCCUGGCUGUUAUGAAAAUCGUUAAGCAUUGCCAUGAAGAGUCCACGAGUAACAUGGACGUCGCCCAGGGCGCACUCCUCGGCCUCGUCGUCGACAACUGCCUUGAAAUCACCAACUGUUUCCCAUUCCCCAAGCAACCCGAUGAGAAUCUUGACGAAGACGAAUAUCAGCUUGCGAUGAUGCGUCGUCUGCGUCGCGUGAACGUCGAUCAUUUCCACGUCGGUUGGUACCAGAGCGCUGACGUCGGUAAUUUCCUGAGUCUUCCACUGCUGGAGUCACAGUACCAUUACCAGACUUCAAUCGAAGAGUCAGUGGUGGUCAUCUAUGACACCCAAAAGUCUUCACGAGGUUUUCUCAGCCUCAAAGCCUACCGCCUCACGCCACAGGCCAUCGAGAUGUACAAGGAAGGUGAAUUCACGCCUGAAGCACUCUUGAAACUCAAAGUAGGCUAUGAGAAUCUCUUCACUGAGAUUCCAGUGGUGAUUAAAAACUCCCCACUGACGAAUAUCAUGAUGUCGGAGUUAGCGGAGAUGAUCCCCGAGGAAGAAGGAUCGAAAUUCUUAGAUCUUGGUACUGCCACUGUCCUCGAAGGACAAUUGCGUUGUCUAAUGGAUCGCGUUGAUGAGCUAAAUCAGGAAGCGAUUAAAUUCAACCGCCACCAGCAGUUAGUCAGCCGACAACAGCAAGAAAAGCAUAAAUAUUUGACAAAACGCGCGCAGGAGAACGCGGCGCGCGCGGCUAAGGAUGAACCGCCGCUACCCGAGGAGGAUAUCAACAAGUUGUUCAGACCGCAACCGGUCCCGCCGAGGUUACAGCCCAUGCUCACCGCCGGGCAGAUAAAUACCUACAGCCAACACAUUUCGCAGUUCUGCUCGCAAUCGCUGGCGAAAUUGUACAUCACCCAGGCGUUGCAGGGCGCCAAGGAGGCCAACUCUAGCCCUUGAGCGUGCGUAUGAGUAUUACCGUGCAAUUGUAUUUGUACUUUUUUGAUAUUGAAUAAAUAUAAUUGCCUUUA